AUCAUUCGCUUUCAGUUUCGUUCACUCGAGUUGCACAAUUUGGUGGUUCAGUUGCUAGGUUAUAUUUUUAUUACGAUUUGUCCUAAAUAAUCUCUGGAAACAUCUAAAUUGUAUUAUCCAUGGCGCAAAGUAAGUUAAACGACAUGGCGGGUCAGUUUGCUAAGGGUGGACCUCCCGGUCUUGGUAUCGGCUUGAAAGUGGUUGCCGUCGUCGGCGCAGCGGCCUAUGGAAUUUCCCAAUCGCUAUUUACUGUUGAGGGUGGUCAUCGGGCUAUCAUGUUUAAUAGAAUCGGAGGCAUACAACAACAUGUCAUGACAGAAGGACUGCACUUCCGCAUACCCUGGUUCCAGUAUCCCAUCAUUUAUGACAUAAGAUCAAGGCCCCGAAAAAUUUCCUCUCCCACUGGUUCCAAAGAUUUACAAAUGGUAAACAUCUCAUUGAGAGUUUUAUCGCGACCAGACUCGAAUAGCCUGCCUACUAUGUACAGACAACUAGGCAUUGAUUAUGAUGAGAAAGUUUUGCCAUCUAUUUGUAAUGAAGUUCUGAAAUCAGUAGUUGCUAAGUUUAAUGCAUCACAGCUUAUCACUCAGCGACAGCAAGUGUCUCUGUUGAUUAGAAGGGAGUUGGUGGAGAGGGCUGCUGACUUUAACAUAAUUUUGGACGAUGUGUCACUCACAGAAUUGAGUUUUGGCAAGGAAUACACAGCUGCAGUUGAAGCCAAACAAGUGGCGCAGCAGGAAGCUCAGCGUGCUGCUUUCGUCGUUGAAAGAGCAAAGCAGGAGCGCCAACAGAAGAUUGUACAGGCUGAGGGAGAAGCAGAAGCUGCAGAGAUGUUAGGUAAAGCCAUGGGAAUGAGUCCUGGUUACCUUAAAUUAAGGAAAAUCCGAGCAGCUCAAAGUAUCUCCAGAAUGCUUGCACAGUCACAAAAUAGAGUCUUCCUCCCUGGCAACAGUUUAAUGAUCAAUCUCUCGGAUCCAUCCUUUGAUGAUUUAUCAGAAAAACUCACAAAAAAGAAGUAACAUGAGGCUGAGAAAGAGUAUGCCAUAAGCCUGGAGCCUGCGACUACUCUUUCUGAUGAAGAAACUGCAGUUUUAAUUAGUGGCGCUGCUUCAGUUGCUGUCUAGCAUUUGUUUUAUCCUUUUUGCAUUUUACAAAAUGUAUAAAAGUAAUAUAUAAUACUGUGUACUUGUACUUCUUAUUAUUAUGAUAAAUGUUGCAUUUUAAGGUUACGUAGUUGUAGGUUAGUGUGUAUGGAAAUCGGUUGAUGCAAUAAAAGUAAACACAUUCAA